CGUACUUGAUGGCAUGUAUAAGUGCCACAUAGAAAUACAAUAUUCAUCAAAAAUGGCCAAAGUGAUAGAAACACAUUGGAAUGGGCCAGUGAGGUUCGUGGGCUGUUCCAAGAGAACAGUUUCGUCAAAUGGGGUUACUGUAGACCAUGUGUCAGGCUGACAUGCUGGUGUGAUGUGUGUUAUUCUCUCCACAGUGUAUUGAUAUGAUGCUACACUUAUUCUCAGAAUAUUCUGUGCAAUUACUGCAAGUGGAGGGUUUGUCCUGCAAGGUCUCGAUUCUCUCUCAGGCACCACAGCACAGGUGCUGUGCAGACAGUGUGCAGUUGAUUAGUGCCACAUACUCAUACUGUAUAACACUGGACUGCAGGAAGCCAGCGUACCUCUCAGGAACCCACCCACCACUGGGAGAACAUGCAGAUCACACACAGAGCGGAGGCAGGAUUUAAACCCACGACCAUGGAGGGAUGUGGAAAUCAUGCUACCCACUGUGCCAGCCCUACAAUUUCCAUUCAUAAAGUAUUGAAUAAGCAAAUUGUCCACUGUCAGUCCAACAUGAAUUAAUAAGACAGAUGCAUGAUUCAUUACCAUGAUUCAGUAUGAGCACUGGUGAUUCACAGCCUGCAUUAUGCACCUCUCCCACACCCAUCAUCUCAGUUCUACUGUUCCCCUUAUAGAUCACGGAAUCAACAGAGUGCAACGUCUUGCAUGUGUGGAUUGUAAUUGUAACCCUUCUGUGACUCCCUGGUCUAAGAUAUAAAUUCCCAACUGGUUUCUCGCUGCAUGUUCAUUCAGCUGCAGGGCCACCGCAGCCAGGGGGGCUGCAGUAAGAGGCGUGCCCCGCUGCUGUCUGCUCAGACCUGCUAACGCUGCGAUACUGUUAGCCUGUUAGUCUAUGGCAGGCGCUCCUGGCCCUUCAGCUGUGCGUCAGGAAUUCCUAGCGCUGGAAGGGAAUAGGAUUCAUAGGAGGCCAGUGAAGGAUGGAAUUCUUUGGAAGCCAAUAAUGGACUGCGCUGUGAUUGUUAGAACAGCAUGCUAUUUUAAUUACUCCGCCUUAUACAUUUGGAUCAGACUAAGAUUCCAGACUGUCAGCUGAGAUCUGCUGACAUGAUGAUAGACACACAGUGAUGGCAGUUUACUGAGUGAGUCGUGUAAUGGAUUGUAUCUGCUGCCUAACUGAUGAGUGCAUGCUGACCGGCACCCAUGAGUGUGGUCUGCUCUACCUGAGGUACUGAUGCACUCUGUGACAGCUGAUGCGCAGAUGGUUUACCGAGUGCUUCCUGUGUGAGACCGUCCAGGUUUGUGCCUGCUUCGUCCUUUGAUGCUGCUUCGGUCGGCAUUUCAAAUCCUCCGUAUGAUAAUACGCUUCUCAAUGGUCAGAUCUGAACCGUCAGGUCUGAUGGAGGGUCUUCACAGAAUGGUCAUCAUUAAGUUUGAUAAUAAAAUUACAAAGUUUUGUGCAGUUUUUACAUAAAAGCUCUUAUCUGCCUAAUUGAAAUAUUUUUGUAUACUUUGUUUAAAGAUUAUUUAUAAACAGAUUUUUACUAUUUAUAACUAUUUUAGAGCCAUCUUUGUCAUCUUCACAUAAUAUCAGAAUAUUAUUUUGAGUUUUUGAACGCCACAUUUAUAUUUGUUGGUAAAGUAAUCCUACUAAAAUAUAGACCCCUGUUUUAUUAGUAGUGUUCUGCCCAAGUUUAUUCCUUUUUCUGGAAGGAAAAGAAACUCCUAACAGAUGCUUGUAUCUCAGCAUGUAUGAUUUUUAUAAACGAAGUGCCACAUGUGGAUAUUCAAGUAUUUCCUGGCACCAAUCAGAUGCAUUUAAGUUUUCAUAAUCACCUCAUUUACUGUAAUUGGCUGACUUAUGUAUGACUGAACUGUUGCAGAUAUUUGCUUGGUGAAUGUGGACAUAAAUCCAUUAAUUGUCUCAUGUGUUGGAGACCAGAACCCCAACUAAACAGAAUUUAAAUUAACACAAAUCAAGUCAAGCCCCUGGACGGAGGUAGAAUUGGCCAUCAGUUUAAGUCGGGCUCUCAGGCUCUUGGUCCAGAAGCAAUAUUGAUGGAGUUGCCACUUGGGGGUUUUCGCUCAUAUUUACAUGUAGCGCUACUCUGUGCAUUUGGAACAUAAGAGAUGCGAAUGUGGGUGAGUCUCCCUUCAGCAGCUUUGUUCUCUUGCCUGUUGACAUGGCCCCCACCUCUGGAGGCUUGUGCUCACGUUUCCACUGCGAGCUACAGGCUCCCAGUGCACUGCGCAGACCUGCCCCAUGGAGCUUUGUGGUCUGUGCAGUCCUGCUAGGGGUCAUACGCCACACUGACAGACAUACUCCCAAUACAGUGUUUAUUUUACAGUCAGGAUUGACUUAGACACGUCACAUUAGCUGUCCAAGUCAGUCAUACAUCUGUGGGUGAACAUGGUAAAAAAAAUGAAGCUGAAUCAGACUUGAGGGUUUGUCUACAUUCAGUUUUGACAUCCACAAAAAUGCUUCUAUUGAACAAUAAAAGUCAGUCAGAUACCUAAAAUUUUAUAUAAUUAACAUAUUGGAAAGAAAUGUUCUAUAUUUAAGGUGGUAAACAGCACCCCCUAGUGGCUCUGCAGUCUUAAUUAUCUGUCAGAUUGCAUAUAUGUACACCGAUGAGGCGAAACAUUGUGCCCUCCUCCAUUUGAAGCAAAUAAUGGUGACUAGCAAAAUAAGGUCUGGGAUGUACUAGAUGGUAAGCUAAUGUUCAGUACUUGUAGUCGACGUUUACUGCAGAGGAAAUGGACAGGGAUAAAGAUUAGAGUGACUUUGAUCAUUAUGGCCAGGUGACUGGUCUGAGAACAUCCAAAACCCCAAAGCCCGUGGGGCGCUGACAGUCAGUUGUCAUGAGUACCUCCUGAGAGUGAUCCAAGCAGAGAAAAAGCACGAGCAGGCGGCCAAGAAUUGUCAAUGCAGCAGGUAAAUGAGAGCUAUCCCCUGUAGUACGAACCAACAGAUGGGCUCCUGUGAUGAUCAAGGGAGCAACGUGUCAUGGAACACAGGGCAUCCUGUACUAUUGCAUGGAGCGCUACAUAGCUGCAAGCCCAUCAGAGUGUACAUGCUGAGCCCUGUCCACAGUGUCUCCAAUGGAAGGUCACCUGGUCUGAUUAAUCCCUUUUUCUGAUGUGUCGUGGACAGCCUGGUAUGCGUCAAACAUUUUUGGGAUUCAUUGGACUUACAAGUCCUAUAUACGGCUACAUCAUCCCACAUGCUGCAGGUCUCCAGGGCAGAGACUCGAACCUGGUUCUAGAGAUGUGAGACCUCAGUGCUAACCACUGCACCUUGCCACCCUGUAGAGGUACUGUAUGUGUUCCUCCUAAUGCUGAAAGGAAAGGUGUAAUAUUUUGUUUUUCUUAAAGAUUUAUUAAUUUCCAAACCUCAUUUUCAUAAAUGAUGAUGCCGAUGACCCUGGUAAUAUUCAGCCAUUGAAGCUGCAUGCCCAUCAGACAAGCCUACUCCAGCUUAUCAGGCAGUGGAAAUACACUAACGUCAAAGGUAGGACAUAUGACUUUUCUAGAGCCAAUUUCUGUUGAUGUACGGUGUUCCAUUAUACACUGGAAUCACAAGAGCGUACAAGGCCAGAGCGUCAUAGAAGGGCAAAAUGGAAUAUUCAAAGACUGAAAUUUAAUUGCACUCACUAGCUGAACAAUGACAAAUGCAUUCUUCAUAUACAUGUAAAACAAGCAUUUUUAUGUGUAAUGUGUCUGCAGGUCGCUGCCUCACACGUUUAUCUUAUGCAAAGGUAUACUCGUUGUCUUGGAGACAGUACCCUGAAUCCUUAAAUACGUUUAAAAUGAAAACUGCAAUUUACGUGCAGUGCUAUUAUCCUGCACAUGCGUAUUAUUUUAGUCUAUUGUGGACUGCAGUCCCAACAUUCGCGCCGUUUCGUGACGUCACCCUGAAGACCAGCGUCGCUUUGAUUACAGUGGAACAAUUGGUCGCUGUAAGAUUGUUACCCAGCCAAUCCUAAGCCGUAUUACUGGGAUGUAACCGAUAAUUUUGACAAAGCUAGUGAAAUCAGCAAAACACCCGCAAUGGACAGCAGCUCCUCUCUCUACAUGUGCUUCCCCUGUUACCAGCUCUUCAGCUCCUUGGAGGAGGUGCUCUCCCACCAGCUGACAUGUCAUCCUGACGGCCCGGGGGAAGAGGCCCAGCCUGAGGCAGCCGCCGUUCUGUCGUCUGAGAUGCAGCCUGAGCAGCCGGACCAUGCCAGUCCCACGGUAUCCAGCCCAGAUCAGAAGCUGCCCUCCUCCAGGCUGGCUGAGCAAGGCGGUACGGACCUGGUCCGGCAGAACUGGACCAGGAGGCCGAGCAGCACUGUGUCCACACCCCUCAUCCGCUACCAGUGCGGCGACUGCGGCUCCCUCUUUGAGUCUCUGGGUCAGUGGCAGCAGCACCGCAAGUUGAGACACUGUACGGAGCCAGCGACCGGGCCUGGGGGGCGUGCGCAGGGGCUGGGGCAGGAGCAGGGGGAUCUCAGACAGGAGGGGCAGGUGAAGCCAGUGCCCAGAGAUACAGCAAUGAAGGCAGCUGAGACCCCAGGCAGGGAGGAAAGUAUGGACCUGAAACAUGAGACAGACCAUGCCAAAGACAUCAGCCAGGACCAUUCCUAUGUGCCCCAUGUUGGAGAGGGGGCAGAAAGGGGGGCAGAGAAGGAGAGAGAGGGGGAGGGACAAGGUGGACGGGCAGAGGAGGAGAGAGAGGGGGAGGGACAAGGUGGACGGGCAGAGGAGGAGAGAGAGGGGGAGGGACAAGAUGGACGACCAGAGGAGGAGAGAGAGGGGGAGGGACAAGGUGGACGAACAGAUGGGGCUGAAGCCAGGUCUUCUGUUACUGGUGAGAAGGUCCUGGAGCAAGGUGCAGAGAUUAUGCCAGUCCAUGGAGAAGCAGCAGGAGGAGAAGGAGGCGAGCUCUCCUGCAGUUCAGGCGGAGGACCCACACACUUCCAGAAGGGCUGCAUUGCUGUAGAAGAGCGAAAGCAAAAGAGCAGCGAGCUCCCAUUGCCACCCACGGCCGUGCCCGCUGUACCAGGGCAGAGCUUUCUGUGCAUUGGCUGUGGGUCCGGCUUCAGCUCAGAGCCUGCCCUGAUAGCGCACCGAAAGACACGCCAUGGCCUGGAGGGGGCGCUGCACUGCUGCUCAGUUUGCGGGGAGAGCUUCAUGAGCACCACCUUGUUCCUGUAUCACCGGCGACAGCACCGAGAGCAAAGGGCAUCCAGCAGCCCGGCGGGGCCCCCGUCUGCUGCUUUCUCAGCUGAUGGGAGGAAUAGGAGCGGCUCAGUGCUCAGUGUGUGCUCCAAGAGGGCGCAAGCAACAGAGGAUAGUGCAGGAGUGCUUCCUUGCCAGCAGGAGGCAGGCGACUGCCCUCCUGCAGGGUCAUCUCCACCACAGCCCAUGGCCGCCUCCCCUCCAUGCCUCGCAGACAGCCCCGCCUCCCCGCCAAGUGAUGCUGCCCCCCUCGUGUGCCCCACCUGUGGGCGUGGUUUCGGCCGGCGCUGCCACCUCCGUGCCCACCUGCUGAGCCACACCGGCGAGAAGCGCUUCAGCUGCGACUCCUGCCCGCGGUCAUUCUCCUAUAGCAGCAACCUGGCGCGCCAUCGCCGUGCCCACCAGGCCGCCAGUGGGCAGGGGCCAGGCUCUCGAGGAAAUGGGGCGGGGCUCCCGUUGCCCCACGCCUGCAUGAACUGCCCCUCUCGUUUCAAGACACGCGCCCAGCUGUUGUUACACAGACGCACACACGCCGGGGGGCUCCCGUUCUCCUGCAAGGCUUGUGGACUCUCCUUUCUGCGCAGGAAACAGCUGCAGCUGCAUCUGCUCACACACCCAGCAGGAAUCCUGUCAUGUUCCCACUGCACGGCCCAGUUUCCCACUCAGUCUGAGCUGGUGGAUCAUAUGCAGAGCUGCGACCAGGGUGGGGGUCUGGGGCGGCCGCGGGGCCGGAACGGGGGCCAGCUGGAGUGUGAGAUGUGCGGGCACCGCUGUGUGACCCCAGAGGGGCUGGAUCUGCACCGCCUGUCGCACUCAGGCCAGACACCCCUGCGCUGCCCCUUCCCCACCUGCCGCCGCCGCUUCCUCACCAACGCCACCCUGGAGGAGCACAUCCUCACCCACUGCGAGUCCCCCUCGGACCCCAACUCUAACAAGCCGCGCCCCUUCCACUGCGAGCACUGCGGGAAGGACUUCACCACGGCGUCCUCUCUAAGCGUGCAUCUGAGGAUCCACACGGGGGAGAGACCGUACCAGUGCUCCCAGUGUGGGAAGCGCUUCCGGCAGAUCCCCCACCUCCGCGACCAUGAGCGGCUGCACAGUGGGGCGCGUCCCUUCAGCUGCGCUGUGUGUGGGAAGAGCUUCGUGCUGGCAGCGCGUCUGGUGGAACACGCCCGCACGCACAGCGGCGAGAAGCCCUACACCUGCCCGCUGUGUCCGCGCGCCUUCCGCUCCCUCUCCAACCUGGGCAAGCACCGCAAGACCCACGGCAGAAGCCCUGCGCCCCAGGAAGAAGGCCAGGCGGCCGUGCACACCAUUUUGCUGGUGCAGGCCGCGCCGUCGGGCCCAGAGGGUUCAGAACAGCUCUGCCUUACACAGGCAGACCCUUCUGUCGGCUCCACCUCGUCCCCCCCGCUGCUGCUCCUGGCGCCCUCCAUCCAGGCGAGCAAAGACAUGGAAGGAGACGUGAUCCCCAUCGUCCAGCAUGCCAUCGAGGUUAUCGUGGAGGAGACUGUGUAGAGCGGAGCCAGCGACGGGACGUUUUACGUUUCAUGAAGGAGCUAUACAAGGCAUGGCAGGAAUAAGUGUGAUUACAGAUAGUGGGAGUGCAUGCAGAGUGGCAGGCCGCGACAUAUGCUUUUAAAUGACUUUGUAAAGAAGCAAAAGCGAUUCACAGCUUUGGAGCUCACAGGCUGUAAAUCUGUCCUAUUUAUUUUAAUAAAAAGCUUAAUCCUUUGAUGCAGUCCGUCUCCCACUUGGACGGAAAGUGGCAUGAUGGGCAGUCUGUCUCGUGGCAUUUUGUUUUAAUUACAAAAAUGUCACCUCAGAUCUUUUUGGCUUUGACUAUUACAUCAUCUCAGUUGCAAUUAAAAUAAAGAAACAGUGUUUCCAGUGAUGUUAUUCUUACACUGGUGUCUGUAGCUACUCUGUCCAUGUUGUGGUCAGCACACGUUUCUGAAGAUCUUUGAAGGCCAGGAUUUGGUGCUGGGUUGCAGCUCUGGAGAGUCCUUGACAUCAGCCACGAGCUUCCCACUACGCAUGGGUGACUGGGCUUGUCUCUGCCAUUUUCUGUCAUCAUACUAGGACUAAACAAAUUCCAUCUGUAGCAAUGCCCUGCAGGCCCAAGCCAGGGGCCAGGGCAGUGGUGCUGCGUGGGCCACUUGUCCAGAGUGUGUCUCUGCGGACUGCGCUCAAGCCCUGUGCAGCUGAUGCGGAACCAACGUGAUCAGCCCUGGCUUAUGUGCCUUGAUGGGCGCUAGCCAGUGUCAGAGAGCGAGACACUGCACGCUAGCCAGUAUUGGAGAACGAGACACUGCACGCUAGCCGGUAUUGGAGAACGAGACACUGCACGCUAGCCGGUAUUGGAGAACGAGACACUGCACGCUAGCCAGUAUCAGAGACUCAGCGAGAUUCCAGCAUUCCUGCUCAGCAGGGGAGUUCCUGAGAAGUAUUUGGCUAUAAAUCCAGUUCAACUACAAUGCAACUGAAAUGCUGUACUAAUAUUAAUUAUAGUGUUUUCACAAAUGUGAUUAGCUGAAUAUUCAGAGGCUGCACAGUGCAGAUGAGUUGGAAGAACUGGCUAGCUGACUGUGCCCAGUUUGAAUAGUGCUGUUCUAUAAAGCAUUUGCCUUUUCACCUGUGCUAGUAGUAAAGAGCUAUAGCUACGUGUAUGGUGAUACAAGACAGCGAAACAUUCUAACAGGCAUUUGUUUUAUGUUGUAAAAUGUCCCGGUUCUUGCCUGGUCUGUUUCUACGGAGCAUGCAUGUUCUCCCUGUCUCUUCACAUUUCCAGUAGGUGCUCCAGUUUCCUCCUGCAGGCCAAAGACUUAACUGGCACCUCUAAAAUGAAUAUGUGCAUGAUGGUGUAUAUGGGGGCAUGUGCCCAGCAGUGGACUGGCAUCCCACUGACACUCUAACUCCAUACCAUGUGCCUGGCAUGGACUCCCGGCCUUCCUGGGACCUUGGAAGGCUGACCUCUGAACUUUGAGAACAGGAUGACCUGUCUGACGGUCAGCGGUGCCGUCCAUUAGCUCACAGGUAUGGAAUGUUUCAGCUGUAUUUCAGCCAAUCUAUGGUAAGGUAAGGAGCAUGCAGUGAGUGCAGUGCGCUGCCGCGCCCAUUACACGACAAACCUCCUCAGGGAUGAGAACCUGAGUGCAGCCAUGCGGCAGGCGAUACCUCAGUAUGUACUCACUGCAUGCUCCUUAUCUGCCAGUCUAAAGCAUUACCACCACAUGAUGGAGGUUCUACUCUGUGCAAACAAUGGUCACCUCACUUCAAACUGUCAUCUAGAAUUGCAUUAAAUAACUAAUCAUUAUGCAACCUACUUAUGAAUGAUAGGCAGCUACACAAGUUACAAAUUUAACAUGCCUGUCAUCAUUCGAAACGGAUGUACAUUUUGCUUUAAAAUGCUGUGAAUACUGUAGUGAGUUCCUGCUGUAUGCAGUGAUGCCAUCUGUAUAGGUUAUACCACUGAAAAGUGUCUGCUGCUCCAUGCAGCAUAAACAGAAAGGCAGUGAACGAUGCAGCUUGUCUGUCCUUUGACCUCAGAGGAUCUGCCACUCGCCCUUGGUCAAUUCCAGUGCCAGUGAACACUGAGGCUAAUUUAUCUGGCAUCUCACUGAUUCUGGGCAUUAAGGCAUACAUAUCAAACUGAAAAACCUUGCUUCCUUUGCACUUAUUGUGUCCUAGUCUGUUAGAAGGUAUUUUGGCCACAGAAAUAGAUUUAUGUACAACCUGGAGUGCCCUCACUGUUAUUGACCCUUUGUGGCGUGGUCUACAGUUUAAUGCAAAGGAUGCCCUUCUGGGCUUGAGUAUAAUGAUGUGAUGUCCAUCCCAGCUCUAGGGAUGUCCUUCAAUGGAAAGGGGUAAGAGCAAUUUUGGUGUGACUUCAAAAUCAACUAACCGGCAGCUUGCUCGCUAUUUAUGAAGCUAUUAACCUCUGAAGUGUUACUGCAUUCUUCAAGAGUCUAGCCAUGAAAUUCUGAUAAGGUGCCUGAAAUAUUUUUAGAUCCCGGCAGUCGUGCUUUUUUUUUUUCUUAGCCUGUAAACUCUCACAAUAUAAUUUAAAAUUACCGCAGAGUGUGCGCAUUUUAUUAUAAAUGUCUGAGGAUGACAGCUGUGCACCAGCUGAGCAAUUACACAGCAAAGGCUUUUAAAAACCCUGGCUGAUGUCUUCCCAACAUGGUCAGGAAGGCGAGAUGUGACCCAUCAUCGUUUUUUUAUUCCAAGUAAAUUAGACGACGCCCCGUUUGACUGGAUGUUUGUGAUCAUCCCUGUGCUCAAAACAAAUCCCCAGUACCUCGCUUGCAUAUCCUGCCCUGCUUUGCCAGAUGAACAGCUAUUCACUCUUGAAUCCAUGAAAACUUCAUCAAUAGACCGUUUUCAGGAUCUGGUAGGUUAUUCCUUGGAUGGGCGAAAGAGCCACUGGCCAAGUGCAUUAAUGGAAAUUUACUCCAGAAAUGCUAAUUUAUGGGCAGGGAUGGGGAGCCAUGGAAUAGUGUGGAGGGCUUUCUGUGUAAAACAGCAAGAGGAGGAGGAAGUGAAUGUGGCACAGAAGGGGGGCGGAGGUCUGUUUGCUCCCCAGCUCCAGGGCCAGUCGGCUGCUGCGUCUCAGCCAGCUGGACGGCUGCAGUCAGCAGGGCUUAGUGGUGCUGGGGCUGAAAUCCCCUGUGGAAGGCUGGAGAUGAAGGGCGGGAGCGACGCCUGCGUCAGUUUGGGCACCUGCACUCCCAGAAGAAGCUACAGCUCGUGUACAAACAGCAUUAAUGUCUCUUCAACGGUUCCAUUUCUGUACCUUAAAAGGUACAUUUACCUACACCUGGCAGACCCUUGAGGGUACAGCCCCAGGAGCAGGUAAUUGUACCCUCAAAGGUACAAGUCUGUGCUUUUUUUCCCUGACAGUGUGGGAUCAUAGCCCAUGCUGAAGCACUACCUGCAGGAGCUUCUGGCUGAAGGCAAUGGGAUGUUUGACACGUUAAGAUGAAUUUCCUCAGCCUUUGUCCAGGAUCCUUCCACUGACUCACCUCCUUUUCAGGUGGAGACACCGAUGGAGCACAGAUCCCAAAAUCAGGCCUAACCCUAACCCCGCCCUGACUUGGAAAGAGGAGCGGAAAAAGAGGAGAGAGCUUGGAUCUCAGGAUCCCGCCGAAGAGAGCAGAGAGCACAACACAGAUACUCAUACUCACCCGUGGCUCAGACGGCCUUUUGUAUAAACGCCUAGUCAGCUGCUUGCAGAAAAUAUCUAGUUGGUAAAUAUAUGCAGUUGUCAUGCACAUGACGAAAUGUACCAAAGGUCUGGUUUGACAAAUUAAAGUAAGUUUGCUACCUGAUAAGGGAUCAUUUCACAUCUUUGGGUCAUUGACAUGACGACUGUCACCAAGCAUGGCAUUGUAACAUUGUUACUUAGUCAGAACAAAGUGAUAUUUACAGCACCCAAAAGGAUGUUACAGCCAGGCUUUCCAUUGCUAAGUCCAGCUGUUUGUAUUUAUUUGUAUAAACUUGAUUGCCUGUAAGAGCCUAUUUGAUUAUGAAACAAUUUUUUGCAGCUGACCCACUUAGGCAGCCCCCUUUUCCUGAACUAGGUCUUGGUAUGUAUGGCGUUCUCCUGGAUUGGCAGCGCGAGGUACCUCAGCGACGUCAGUCUGCGCUGAGACGGGUGACUCACGGUCUGGGUAGCGCCAUAUGCUCCCUGCCGAGUGCCUCCUUGUUUGCUCCGCUGGGGGGCUCCUGCGUCACAAAGCCCCGUCACCGAUGGCAUCGUGUGUGUGUCAGCCAUAAAAAGACACAGAAGCAGGUCAGGGCCACGCCUGUCACUUCAUAAUGCACCCCCAUCAAAUCCAAACCUUUCCUCCCAUUCAGUGCCACCUUUUCCAGACUGUGCUGCUCCUUUUUCCCACUGGCCCAUGACCAGUAUAAUGUUGGUGUUGGUUUGUUUUUCCUCUUGUGAGGACCUUGUUCUUUUUUUCCAAGGCUGUUGUGAGUGCAAGACUGAACCAUCAAAGGAGCAUUUCCACCACACCAGGUACUUGCGCUCACAUUUCGACCUAGAAAACCAAUCAGGCCCAACGGGUGCCCAGUCUGGAAUAAGGUCACCUAUAGUCACCUCAUUCCUGGCUCACCGGAAACCUCAGAUCUUGGCCUCCCAGUACCAUGAUAUGAACCCUGGUUAAUGUAUGGGCUUCGGAACACAGUGCUCCUCAGUUUCUGAACUUAUCUUCUCUGGCUAAUCGGAGAAGUCCAGAAUUGCAUAUUUCAUUCUCUGUUCCCCAGUGGUGGGCCAUAUUGGUUUGGUCUGUGGUGUGUGCAAAUCUGAAGACAUUCACUGAUGUUCUGUGACAUGGUCGAUCAUCCAGUGGGUAUGCCGAAGGCGGCAAGAUGGCUGUUUGAUUUGCACCAGGAUUCCAGACUAGUUGCAGACUUUUUGCAGCUGAGAGCAGAUGGGAUUUGAGAGCAUUUCUCACGCCCUUCCAUCAUGAAGUUGGAUGAGCUCACUGGUCGAGAGUGGGAGAGCAGCCUGGAAGACAGAACUAUAGCCACUCAUGUUGACGGCCAGGUUUGAGAGAGAACGUCAAACUGGCAGGUCAGUUCACAGCUGACUUUCCCAUGGUCGUCUUAUUCUGGUACCUCUUCUGCUCAGAGGCUGAUUCAACUGGGUGUAUGCAGAAAGACUGGUGCUUCUGAUGCAGAUUUUCUGGUCAUCUUUAUGGCCAGAGCAUCUCAGAGGACUUUACCCCAUUGAAUAACACUUCCUCAUGAGCCAUUUCCCAGCUGCCCAUGCUCGACCUUUUUGAAAAUAGUUUGCUUCAGAGCAUUUGUGGAUUCAGAUGACAGCUUCCCUGAUAUGAGGUCAGCACAGAAAACAUGCAUUUCUAUGGAGAGCCACCCUGUGCAUUGGAGGGCUCAAGGCAGCCCCUUUGUAUCUGCAGUUAUACAACAUUCAAUCAAACCUCUCCAACUUACCAGUGGGCAGGAUCACAUGGAGACCAUCUCCUUGUGUCUCGCUGAGUUAUCCUGAGACCCUCUAAUCCUCAGUUACCCCCCGACUGCAGCUUCAAAACCACCAUGACCACUGUUUCUCUUGCCUGUUGGAGUCUUGCCUGUCUUUGAACUCUCUCUCUCUCUCGAUUUGACACAUGUGCACGCUGAAUAUCAUGACUUGAGUGAAGAGUUCAGUAAACAGCAAAUUUCUGUUCUACUGCCUCAAAGACGUUUUGAUGUGUGUUAGAUCUGCUUCCUAGUACUGUACCCUCAGAGCUAGUUUAUAUUCCCUGUCUGGUUCCAAACCAGCGGCUAUGGAAGAGUAUAUGCAUGAUUUAUUAAGGGUUUAUUCGCCUUUUUCCCUUGUCUGCCAAAGUAGAGUUUUUCUUUCUAGUUAAGAAGAAUGUCGGUCUCUGGCCUUGCAUAGACUCCCCUGCUCCUGAUAGGCGCUUUAACAAUGAGGUUUCGGAAUCUGGUCCCAGUUUCCACCUGGAACUUGUGUGGCUCCUGGCCACUUUCAUGUGUCACUUUUCCACUGCAGGGAACAGGAACUGGACCUUUAUGCGAAAUAAGCUUGGGAGACGCAAAACACUUGUAUGUUAAACUUCACCGCCGCGCCAAAACAAUGGAGGUUUGUUGGUUAUUGAGGGUGUUGAUUUUCAUCGCAAUGGGACACACCCUUAUUUAUAUAUUUAUUUACAUUUUACUUAUAUGUGACGCAUGACAUGUUUAUGAUUCUUGUUAAAUCAAUAAAUGUAGUUUUGUUUAAGAAUGUGCUUUCGCUUUUCAAUUUUUUAUAUUUUUCACAACAGCAGCAUUUUAAUUAUUAGUCAGCUUCUCAGUUUGUGCUUGAAGUGUCUACACAAAGAAAAACAAUUUUGAUUAUUUGAGGAACAAUAAGUUGCUGCAAAGUCUUGUAUUUUCAAAUUUUAUUUUCUUGAAUUGUUUGAAAAUAUGAUUUGCUGCCUGUUUUUUCUUGUAUUUUUCAUCUUUUGCCUGUGGUGUUUUAUAUAGAUACUACACAUUUCAGUCAGUUAUGGUCAGUUAUUUCUUAAAUGCAUUUUCAUUUUUUAAUCAAAAGUCAUUGCAUAUAAUCAUUUCAUUCCUGCAAGUGACAAGCAUUAGUGUUAGGAUUAAUGUAAAGUGAGUGGUACUUCAGCAUGAUGCGCCAUUGAACCUGGACUGCACUUACACCCAUUAUAUAAGAAGUGAAGAUUCCCAGCUGUUCCAGUUGUUUUGUGUAUUCAUGCCUUUAUUCCUCUGUGAGGAAAUCUGUGUGGAAAUGCUAUAAAAUACUAAUUAAAUGUUAGUGUUUUACUUUUAAAUACUUUUAGUAUUUUACUAAUUAAUAUAAAAAACUAAAAUA